AUGAAAACCAUCAUUGCUUUCGCUUUCGUCGUCGCCCUGGCCCUGGCUGCACCCCUGGAUGACUCCAAGAACGCCCAGAUCCUGAAGUACGAGAACGAUAACAUCGGUGUCGAUGGAUACAAGUUCGCCUUCGAAACCAGCGAUGGACACACGCGCCAGGAGCAGGCCGAACUGAGGAAGCUGGCCGAUGAUGUGGAGGCUCUGGUCGUCCGUGGAUCGUACUCGUUCACCGCCGAUGACGGUCAGGUGUACACCGUCAACUACGUCGCCGACGAGAACGGAUUCCAGCCGGAAGGUGCCCAUCUGCCCACGGUUUAA